AUGGAGCGAGUCUGGAUCUACACGAGCAUUGCGCUCGCCCUCUGGAUCGUCCAGUGCCUCUAUAAAUUCCUAACCUCCCCGCUCCGCGCCGUCCCUGGUCCCUUCUACACAAACUUUACUCGCCUCCCCCUCAAAAUCUCCAUAACAACCGGCAACCGAAUCUACUUCAUCGACGCCCUGCACAAAGCCCACGGCCCAAUCGUCCGCAUCAGCCCCGACGAAGUCUCCAUCUCAUCUCCUGCAGAAUUCAAAGAGAUCCAUCGCGCUGGGUCCCCGUUCCUCAAGAGCGAAUGGUACAGUACGUUCACUAUGGGCAGUCGGCCUGGGGUGUUUGAUAUGCGGGAUCCGAAGAUGCAUGCUGCGAGAAGGAAGUUGUUUGCCCGGGCGUUUUCGAAGAGUGAGUUGAGGAGUCAGUGGGAGGGGGCUGUUAGGGAAAAGGUGAAGCUUGCUGUUGAGAAGAUGAAGAUGGAGAUGGAGAUGAACGGUGGGACGGGGAGGUGUGAUGUGCUCAAGUGGUGGACGUUUCUUGCGACGGACGUUAGUGGGCAUUUGAUGUUUGGGGAGAGCUUUGAUAUGUUGAGUGUUGGGAUGAAAAACGAGUACAUCCACGUCCUCGAAUCAACCAUGAAGGGCUCCGGUAUCAACGCCGAACUCCCCCUCGUCGGAUUUAUUGGCCGACACCUCCCCAUCCCCAGUGUCAAGGCAAUGUUCCGUGCAAGCGACUACCUGUCAGAGUACGGUCGUCGUGCAGUGACCAACAGCCGCGCAGCUAGCGACUCCACGCGAAACAUCUUCUCGGGAAUGAUACACGAGUCUGAGAAGGGCAGUUUGGCGCUCUCUGACCUCGACGUCAUUGUAGAAGCAGGGAACCUUAUCGUUGCAGGCUCGGACACGACGGCUGUCACUCUGACAUAUCUCGUCUAUGCUGUUCUUCGCGACCCUCGUCUACAAAAAGAGAUAGAAGAUGAAGUGCAGGCUCUUGCAGACGACUACGACGACGCAACGCUGGAACAACUCCCCCUUCUCAACGCCGCAAUCAAGGAAACACUCCGUCUCUACGGCGCUGCCCCCGGUUCCCUCCCCAGAUCCGUCCCCGAAGGCGGCGCAGCGUUCUUGGGCUACUACAUCCCCGAGGGAAUGACCGUCAGCACGCAGAGCUACACCAUCCACCGCGACGAGAACAUCUUCCCAGACCCCGAAACCUUUGAUGCGUCACGCUGGCUACCCGGAAAGGAAGGAGAAGGAGUAUCGAGCCAAGCACAGGCCGCAUUCUCACCAUUUGGUGCCGGCGCUCGAACGUGCCUGGGUAUACAUCUGGCAUACAUGGAACUGCGUCUGGCUGCGGCGGAGUUCUUCCGGCAGUGUAAGGGGGUGAGACUGGCGCCGAGCGUGAGCUGUGAGACGAUGAAACCGGAGAAUUAUUUUUUGAUUGCGCCGCGGGGCCAUCAGUGUGAGAUUGUGCGGGGAUGA